CCUCAAGCAAGCACACGACCAUCUCACCACAACCUGACAUUGUACCUUCAGUUGUGGUGCACACUUUCUGGCGAGUUCGUACAAUAAAAACGCUUCUUACGAUACCACCCAAAUACUACCAUCGCCUUCUGCCCCAAUUUGACGCCACACCUCCAUGCGCCGGCUGCUUUCUAAGCUCUAAAUCAAGAUAUACAACCCUGGGAAGCUGCUAGGAGCAUUUGGAAACUAGAAGAGAAGGCUGCAACUGUGCAGGCUUCUGUCUAGAGGAAUAGCAAGAUGAGUGACCUAGACAAAGCAAUUGCGCAGCUGCGAGCUUGUCGACCGAUUCCGGAAGCCCAAGUCCGAGAGCUAUGCCACAAAGCUAGGGAGUUGUUAAUUGAGGAGGGAAAUGUGGUGACCGUGACUGCGCCAGUAACGAUAUGCGGCGAUAUCCAUGGGCAGUUUCACGACUUGAUGGAGCUAUUCCGGGUUGGCGGUGAUGUACCAGAUACAAACUACCUGUUCAUGGGUGAUUUCGUCGACCGAGGCUUCUAUUCCCUCGAAUCCUUUCUCCUCCUCCUAUGUCUCAAAGUACGAUACCCAGACCGAAUGACCUUAAUCCGAGGCAAUCACGAGUCCAGACAAAUCACAACAGUAUACGGCUUCUACGAUGAAUGUCUGCGGAAAUAUGGAAGUGCGAAUGUAUGGCGAUAUUGCUGCGAAGUCUUCGACUAUCUUGCGCUUGGAGCCAUUGUUCUCGGAGCUGCCAGUUCUCUUGAACCUUCUAAGCACAAGGUAUCUGGCCCUAAAUCGAACAGUCUCACCUCGACCCAGGAAUACAUCGACCCGGAUACCGAAAUCGAAGUAUUAAACUCAGAGGGAGGAAUCAUAAGCAGCAUACCACGGCAGAAAGGAGGAAAGUCGCCAGCAAAGACUGGUCCACCUGGUUCGGGUGCCUCAGGCUUCAGCAGAGGAUCUCCAGGAAAUCCGAGCGGAGCAGUAUUGUGCGUUCAUGGAGGAUUGUCGCCACUAAUCGAUUCAAUCGACAAGAUCCGAUUAUUGGACAGGAAGCAAGAAGUGCCACACGAAGGAGCUAUGUGCGAUCUUCUUUGGUCAGAUCCGGACGAGAUAGACGGAUGGGGAUUAUCCCCACGGGGAGCAGGCUUUCUGUUUGGAGCCGACAUCGUGAAAGUCUUCAACCAUGCCAAUGAUUUGUCUUUGAUUGCAAGAGCACAUCAACUUGUCAUGGAGGGCUUCAAGGAGAUGUUCGAUAAUACCAUCGUUACCGUUUGGUCUGCGCCAAAUUACUGCUACAGAUGUGGUAAUGUAGCCGCCAUCCUCGAAUUGGGCGAAGAUGGAAGUGGUGAUGGCAUGAUCGCAAGAAGCAAUGGAGAAGUCAAUCGGAGUGAUGGUGGCGUUAUGAAGGAAAAGGAGAGAGUACUCUUGAGCGGCCCCGCGAGGAGAUAUAGGGUAUUCCAAGCAGCUCCUCAAGACUCUCGAGGUAUGCCAGCAAAGAAGCCUGUCGCAGACUAUUUCCUUUAGCAAAUGUUCACGGUAUUGGGGUUCUCAGGAAAUGGAUAGCUCAUGGCUGCACGCAAAAGACGAGGGACGCAAGGCGUUUGGGAGUUGGUAGAACUUGCAUGUAUUAUCUGAUGAGAAAUGAAAUGAAAGGCUCGUCCAGUCUUGGCCGGGAAGUAAGAAUGCAUUGAGGCACCUGUAACAUUUUCUGGGCUGCAUUUGUUUUGUCAGCUGAAAGACCAAAAUUCUACACGUCUCGCUUAGCAUGUCAACACAGUCACUAUUAGGUUUCAGCAAAAAUCUGUUUAGCUGCCGUUGAUGGAUCAUCGUUAAUU